AUGUCUACUACAACAAUUCUGCCGCCUACGACGACUUCAAGCAUAGUUUCGCUGACAACGUUAUCUUCGCAACCAACAUCUAACAGCGCUUCUACGACGCUCAUGACAACUGCAACUAAUCCGCUGCCGACUGCAUCAACAACUCCACCUUCAUCUCCUACGCCGACAACGGUGGCUCUACCAAGUUUGUCAUCACCAACAACGACUAUAUCAAAUCCAACAAUAACUACAACAGCGACAACUGAAACACCGUUAGCUACAACAACAAAAAAGACCGAGGAUAUUUCUCUUACACACAAGAAACUAUUGUAUGAGGUCGAGUUAAGCGGUUAUGAUCCGAGAAUACGACCGAUUCAGAACCAAUCACAGCCUAUAUAUGUCAAUACAAAAUUCGUCGCGUUGAGUCUGAUUGACUUUGACACCACCCGUCAACAAUUCUCUAUAUUGGCGUACAUUAGGAUUGACUGGAUUGACCACAACAUCAACUGGAGGCCGAGGUUCUACAGCUUUACCACGUCCAUGCGAGUACCGACCAGGCAGAUAUGGAACCCAAACCUGAUUCUGCGGAAGUCGGUGGACGGACGUGGCUUGAUUGGAGAUGCGGCGACUGACCGGAUCUACAUCUCUUGGCGUGGCCACGUACAGUGGGUUCCCGAGGCAACUUAUUCAGUUGUAUGUAAAGUGAACGUCAGAUUCUAUCCCUUCGACGAGCAAAUAUGCACGUUAACGUUUUACGUUUCCGGCGAGUCGGUAGACACACUAGAGCUGGAUCAUUACAAGAACGUUGACAUGAGCGAAUACGUUGAAAACCCAGCCUGGAUUAUCGUCGGUGUCAGUAGCACCCGUUACAUCCGCGACAACAACUACAACAUCGACAUCGAGUUCCGGAUGCAGCGAAGAGCUGACUUCACCAUGUUUACCGUAGUGGCACCUCUUAUGAUGUUAGAGCUCCUCAAUAUCUGUGUAUUUCUUGUUCCGUCCAACUCCGGUGAGAAGGGUUCGUUUUCCAUCACGGUUUUCUUGGCCUAUUCCGUCUACAUUUCGAUGUUGAGCGACACAUUACCACACAAUUCCGUUGAGGUUUCCUUAUUCAUUAUGUUUAUCAUCGUCCUGCUCUGUCUCAGUGUUGUGUCCGUCUUUUACACAAUCAUUCAAUCAAAACUUGAAAACGCUUUAGGUGAAAAGGAGUGUCCUCUUAACUGGUUCCGGCGCGCAGGUGGUCAGAACAAAGUAGUUCCUGUGGACCCUGAAAACCCUGUGAACACAGUUAUAUAUACUUGGAGAAACUUCUUUCAACAGCUGGACACAUUUCUGUUCGGAUCUUUCCUCGUGACCAUCACCUUGGUAACCGGUAUCUUCUUUUCGAUUCUUCUUCGAAAUGUGACCUUUGACGACCCUGACCUUAAUAUGGAACCGGAAGCCACGACCAGGUCAAUGCCUGUGCUCACCACUGCUGCUGCCUAA